UUACAUUCGGCGAGGCUUACGGAAAACUCAAGUUUCCAUACCUACACAGACCCAAGUCGUUGGCAACCAAAAUUUCCACGGCCACCAGUUGGUGUACAACACAUUGGUAACAGUAAUUAAAGCCUCAUUUUCUUCGACAAUCCGCGACCGCAUCCGCAAAUAACGAAAGUUGUGUUGUAAUUUAUCAGUUUUUCUCGUUAAACUUAUAUCAUUGAGUGCGGUGCGUACGUCACAAUGUGCCGCCGAUGAGUGAAAAUACGGUGAAUCAAUACGUGGUGUACAUUGCCCCGAAAUCGUUGAGAUAAUGCAUCGGCCCUCCGAAUGAACAUAGACAGCGACAAUGAGCAUGAGAACGAGCGAUAAACGUAGAGAGCAGAAUAACUGAUAACACUCUCGGAUUACCCACUGACACGUGUAUAAUAAUAAACCGCUCGAGCCCGAUUUCCACUCAAUCUCACUUCUGAAGUUACACGCGCCGUCUUACGCACUUGUACCCAGCAAGUCUGACUAACGUCAAUAUGGCAUCCCAUUGGAUCUUUGCUAUUGUUGUUGUGCUCUCUAUUCUGAAUUCCGAUGGGCUGUACUUGAAGCAAACUGUCCCGACUCAUCGAACCAGCGAGGACAACAGCCCGAAAAUGGUCCAACUGAGUCCAGCGGGAUACAAGCACUUGAUGGCAUCGCUGUUUGGAAAAUCAUCCUCCAAACCGAGACCCGAUGUAACGUUCGCUCCGAAGCCCCCGUCGGGCGUGGAACAGAGCGAGGAUGAAGCCCCGACCGAGUUGGAACCAAGAGCGGACGAUCCAGAAUUGGAGUACGAGGAAAAAACGGAUCAUCCGGUGAAUUCGACUCUGGAGCCGAUCAUGGGCGCGGAUUGCGACGACCAGACGUUAUGCGAAGCGAGUUCGGUGAUAAAUUAUCCCGACGAGGCUGUCCAGUCCGCGUUGAGGAAGAACAGACACCUCAUGCUCAUGCCUGCCAAUGACAUUAUUCGCAGCGGCAUGAGCUUGCAAGCUUUUACCGAUAAUCCGGAUGAGAUUUCGCUGUGCAAUAAAAUCGAGAGAAUCGUGUACCCGCGCGCGGCGAAAAAUAUUUACAACAAAUGGCAGUUUGUGAUUAACACAAAGUACUUUAGACAGGGAAUAAGAGUCGAGCUAUGCACUGACACGGAAAGUCCAUGCAGAUUUCUCGAUUCGUUACCGGUGGGUUACAAAUCCAAAUGUCGACAAAACUUCAUCUACAGACAACUACUGACGUUGAACGGUGCAAAUUUAGAGAUGGUAGCUCACCGAGUUCCCGUCAGCUGUAGUUGUUACUGCAGUGCUUCGCGAGGAAAAAAAUAAUUAUGAAGAAAAAAAAUUUUUUCUCGUUAAUACGUAAAUAUAUAAAUAUAAAUUGUAGAGAAUAAGAAUAAUAGAAACUGCGGGCAAUAUGCAGUUGUAUUCGCUCCGAACGUAAUAUGAAUUUUCGUACAUAUAGCUCUUACGUUUAUGUAGUAAGUUUUGUAAAUAUCUUUUUUAUACAAAGAAAUUGUUAAUUAUGUUACGAUGAUUUAUAACGCAGAACAACUCUGUUCAAAAGUAAUCCCACGAUGAACUAUCAAAAUGAUUAAUAAAUUGAUUUUUUCGCACAAAAA